UGAACACUGUCGUCUUUCGCUCUCACUCGCUUUCCCUUCUCGCUCGCGAUCUCCGCCACCCAAACCCUCGAUUUUCACUGCACUACGAUGCCCCAAUUCCCUUUCCCACUCCUCCUUCUCAUCCUAUUCCCUCUCGCCGGAGCUACCCGGCCGCCGUCUUCCUACUCGUCGGCGGCGCUCACUGAGUGGCGCCAUGCACGUGCCUCCUACUACGCCGCCGCCGAUCCACGCGAUUCCGUCGGAGGUGCAUGCGGGUAUGGGGAUCUAAGCAGAGCUGGGUAUGGCAUGGCGACAGCCGGGCUCAGCGAGGCGUUGUUUGAAAAGGGGGCGGCGUGCGGAGGGUGCUACGAGGUGCGGUGCGUGGAGGAGCUGAGGUUUUGCAUAGCUGGGACUUCGAUCGCCGUCACCGCCACCAACUUCUGCGCGCCCAAUUACGGUCUUCCCUCCGACGCCGGCGGGCUUUGCAACCCUCCGAACCACCAUUUCGUGAUGCCCAUCGCCGCCUUUGAGAAGAUCGCCAUCUGGAAGGCCGGCGUCAUGCCCAUCCAGUACCGCCGAGUAAAGUGUGUAAGGGAGGGGGGCUUGAGGUUCACCAUCGCCGGGCAGGGAUACUUUUACUCGGUGCUUAUCAGCAAUGUGGCAGGCGCCGGUGAUGUAACAGCGGUGAAGAUCAAGGGAUCAAUGACCGGGUGGCUUUCCAUGGGACGGAACUGGGGCCAAAACUGGCACAUCAACGCCGAUCUUAAAGGCCAGGCUCUCUCUUUUGAAGUCACCACCAGCGACGGUGUCACUCUCACCACCUACAACGUCGCCCCCAAAGACUGGAGUUUUGGCCGGACCUACAUUGGCAAGCAAUUUCCUUUUUGAUGACUCUUUAUCUUUUUUGUAUCAGUGUUGUAUUGCUUGUUUAUAUGGGUUUGUUCAAUUGAAUUGGAUACUAUUAUUACGAGAAAAUUUUGAGGUGGUAGUAGUAUGUAUUUAAUCUUAUGAAGGACUUAGAUUUGUUUUCAAGGUAAUAAUUCAUUAUUUGAUUCAAUUGAAAGAGCAAAAUUGCAGGAGUUCUUACAA